AGGCGGGCUCUUAUUGUGAAAGCGAGAGGAGGAGGAGGAGGCCGGCACAAUGCUUAGUCACGGUGAGUUACAGCUUCCUCACCUCCUCCUCCUGCUUCCUAUGUGGCGCACAGCUCAGCUCAGAAGCAGUCCGCGAUGGAGGAAUUGAACUAGACAACUUGUCAGCUGAGCCAAAAGCUUCCCAGGAAACACAGCGGUGAAUUCCAUAGCUGGGCAACCUCAAGGAAGGCGUCUCCGGAGAAAGCCACUGACUUCCCCCUCGUUCCCAAGGGCUCCAAGUUACACUUAUGACACCUUUGGCACUCAACUCUGUUUUCCUUUUGGAGUGGACAAGCUUUCUAUUGCCUCAUCUACAGUGUCUGACUCUGCAGCUCUCAGCACAAGUGUAGCCCUCUGAAGGGAGCUUUAAUUAUUACCUCUUUAAAAUGAGGCAGUAAAUCUGACUUUUUUUUCCCGCUCUCUAGAAUAAUCAAUAUGCAAGACUGUCCUGCACCAGUGGUGAAUCUCACAAGCAUUGAGGUUAAUAUUCAAAUAUGUUUGUUUUAAACUUGGUGGAUAUCUGAUGGAUUGUUUGGAGACAUUUUACGCAGUCUAAAUACCUUUAGUGACAAAAAGACAGAACUGAUUGACAGAGAGGAAAGAAAAACACUUCUGCUAGCAACACAAACAUUCAAACUAAGAUUCCUUCUUGCCCUUAUUCAGUUUGUCAUUAAAACAUUCGGUACCUGUCAUUCUAUUAUUAUUAACCCCUCAACCAAAGCCAGAGGAAUCCUAAACUCGAGACAUUUUGAUUAUGUUGGAACUGCAACAUGUAAAAGUACAACCAGCCAUGACUGGCAGCUCACAUAGAAGUCUCUAGUAGUGCCAUACUGAGCAGUAUGGCUGGACUCGAGUGCUGAACAGAGCGAAGAAAUGUCCACAUAAAUCAGAGUUAAACGUGAACUCUUCCACAAAAACAAAAAUCAGGCGUACCCAGGAGAGCCUGGAGCUUUUCUGUUAAGCCAUCUGCCAAGUGUCAGUUCAAACUCUUCUUUUAUUUCACCCACGCCUGCGCAUGGUGCAAGGAUGCUCCAUAACACUGCCCACUGUUCUUGAGAAAGAGACCAAGGAGGAGGAGACAGGGUAGGAAAUGACAGAAUGCCUGACCGAGUACAAAGCGCUGGUGACUCCGUCCACGCGCAACGGCCACCGCGUCUUCAGCUACACGCUAGAGAGCCACACGGCGGCCGCCUUCGCCAUCAUGAACGAGCUGCGUCUGGGGCAUAAGCUGUGCGACGUCACGCUGCGCGUGCGCUACAAAGACCUGGAGGCGGUGGACUUUGUGGCUCACAAGGUGGUGUUGGCAUCCUCGUCCCCCGUCUUCAGGGCCAUGUUCACCAACGGCCUGAAGGAGUGCGGUAUGGAGUUGGUGCCCAUCGAGGGGAUCCAUCCCAGGGUCAUGGACCGGCUGAUAGAGUUCGCCUACACAGCCAGCAUCUCCGUGGGGGAGAAGUGCGUGAUUCACGUGAUGAACGGCGCCGUCAUGUACCAGAUAGACAGCGUGGUCAAGGCCUGCUGUGAUUUCCUCGUCGGGCAGCUCGACCCCAGCAACGCCAUCGGCAUCGCCAACUUCGCCGAGCAGAUCGCCUGCACGGAGCUCCACCAGAAGGCCCGCGAGUACAUCUACAUGAACUUCAGCCAGGUGGCGACCCAGGAGGAGUUCUUCAACUUGUCCCACUGCCAGCUGGUCACCCUCAUCAGCCGCGAUGAGCUCAAUGUGCGCUGCGAGUCUGAAGUCUUCCAGGCAUGUGUGGCCUGGGUGCGCUAUGACCGGGAGAACCGGCGGCCGUACGUCCAGGCGUUACUCCAGGCCGUCCGCUGCCAUUCCCUCACCCCCAACUUCCUGCAGGCCCAGCUCCAGUCUCUGGACUGGGACCCUGAGUGUAAAGACUACCUGGCCCAGAUCUUCCAGGACCUCACCCUCCACAAACCCACCAAAGUCAUUUCUUGCCGAACACCCAAGGUGCCGCAGCUCAUCUACACAGCGGGGGGUUAUUUCCGCCAGUCUCUCAGCUACCUGGAGGCGUAUAAUCCCUGCACAGGCGCCUGGCUGAGGCUGGCUGACCUGCAGGUUCCCCGCAGUGGCCUCGCAGCCUGUGUGAUCAGUGGGCUUUUCUACGCUGUUGGUGGUAGAAACAACGCGCCUGAUGGCAACAUGGACUCAAAUUCGUUGGACUGCUACAAUCCUAUGAACAACUGCUGGCUGCCGUGUGCACCGAUGAGCGUACCCAGGAACCGAAUCGGAGUUGGUGUCAUCGAUGGGAUGAUCUAUGCAGUCGGUGGAUCACAUGGGUGCAUUCAUCACAAUAGUGUUGAGAAGUAUGAUCCAGAAAGGGACCAGUGGCAGGUGGUUGCCACCAUGUUGACGCGGCGUAUCGGUGUGGGUGUUGCGGUCAUCACCCGGCUGCUUUACGCCGUGGGGGGGUUCGACGGGGCCAACCGGCUCAGCUCCUGUGAGUGCUACAACCCUGAGAGGGACGAGUGGAGGACCAUGGCGGCCAUGAACACUGUGCGCUCCGGAGCUGGUGUGUGCUCGCUGGGGAAUCAAAUCUUUGUGAUGGGCGGCUACGAUGGCACCAACCAGCUGAACACGGUGGAGCGCUAUGAUGUGGAAACUGAUACGUGGAGCUUUGCUGCCUCCAUGAGGCACCGACGCAGUGCUCUGGGAGUCACUGCAUUACAUGGACGCAUCUACGUGUUGGGAGGUUACGAUGGCAACACUUUCCUGGACAGCGUGGAGUGUUAUGACCCCGAGAAGGACACCUGGUCCGAGGUGACACACAUGAUGUCGGGGCGGAGUGGCGUGGGUGUGGCCGUUACCAUGGAGCCGUGCCAGAAAGAACUGCCACAGUCUCCGAAUUCUGAGAGGGAGAGCGGUGCCCCAUCACCAGCCAAUCAGUCAGCCAACUCUGGUUUUAGCUCUCACCACAAUCAGCGGCACGGCGGGCCCUUCGGCAAAGGCACAUGAGGCUCAUUGCUCGACCAUGUCA